AUGUACAGCGGUUUGAUCUUUUAUUUUCCCAGCGAGACCGUUGCUUUUCGUAUUCACCUAGAGAACACUCUCAAUGGAAACAUCCUGUCCAUACCCUGGGUUGAGUUGGGUGGACGCUGCACCAUAGACUGUCCCCGCACCGGCUACUCCGCAACGGUUGAUUUCCGCACAAAGCCCUUCUACGGUGGCAAAAAGGACCAAAUACGCGCGGAAGUGUUUGCACCAGGCGAGAAGAGACCCCUGCUCACUGUUGAUGGCGAGUGGAACGGCAAGAUGUGGGCUAAAUGGGCCGAGGGAAAAUCUGAACUGUUUGUCGACACAAAAGCCAUGCCAAUCAUGAUGAAACGUCUUCGCCCUCGCGAGAUUCAGACUGCCAACGAAUCCCGAAAGUACGUUUCGCUGUUAUUUUUUGAUGAUGGUCGAUCAAUAUCGAUUAAGUUGCUGAGAAGGAGGAUGAUGGCUGUAGGCAUGGCGACGGCAACCCGUCGUGAAAAAUCUUUUUGUUAG